AUGACUGUAUUAAGCGCGGUCAUAAGCACAAAGAGCAAAAUUUUGGUUUCGCGGCAGUUCCAGAACAUAAGCAAAUAUGACUUGGAUUCUCUGACCAUUCCGUUUCACAAUCUAAUAGAACGGGAGAGGAGCGACCACACAUAUAUAGAAACGGACAAAGUGAGAUAUGUGUACCAGCCUCUGGAUAGCAUUUAUAUAUUCCUAAUAACGAACAUAAAUUCUAACAUUAUAGAGGAUUUGGAAAUAAUUAAGGUGCUUAGUCAGAUAAUUCAAGACCUAUGCCAGGGCAACAUCAAUGAAAGUACCAUUUUGAAGAAAUGCUUUACCAUUAUAUUUUACAUCGAUGAGUUGAUAAAAAAUGGAGUGCGCGAAAUAGUAAACAGUAAUCAAAUAAAAACGUACAUUGAAAUGGAAUCACAUGAAGAGAAAUUACAGACCAUAAUUAGGGAGAAUAAGGAGAAGGAGGAAAAAGAGAGAAGGAAAUUUAUUGCUUCCAAGUUGGAAAAGAAUAGACAAAAACAGGGCAAAGCUGGUAGUAACAGUUUUCUCUCCAAUGACAUCAUCACAAAUGCGGAUUACAACAAUAACAUGGGUUUUAACAGUAACAUGGGUUUUAACACCAAUAUGGGUUAUAACAGUAACAUGGGUUAUAACACGAACAUGAUGGACCACUUUCUAUACAAAACGGAGGAGCCCAGUAGUGAUAUUAUCCUAGAUGAAAGCUUCAAUGCAUAUAGAGGAAUGCAAAUCGCUACGAAAAAGGAGCAAGUGAAAAUCCUAAACGUAGUAGACAAUAAUAAAAUGCUGAACAAGCCAAACAUAAAUGUAAAUGCCCUCUUUGAUAAGCCUAUCAAUAUAGUUAUAACUGAAAAUAUUAUAUGUACACUAAGUUCAGAAGGAACUCUGUGCGAUUUAGACAUCCAAGGAACUUUUAACAUGCAAAUAAAUAAUCACAAGUAUUCCAAAGUUAUCAUAGAAUUGGAUAAUGAGUAUUCUGAUAAAGCCAAGAUACACCCCAUAUUAGACAAAAGCAAAUAUAAUUCUAAUGUACUAGAAUUAAAAGAUAAAGGGAAAAAUUUUAGAGUAAAUACAACUUAUCCUUUACUCAAGUGGAAAAUAAAUCACCUGAAUGAUUCGUAUAUACCACUUAACAUUAGUUGCUGGCCAUGUGAAGACAAUGAAAGUACUCUCCUAAAUUUAGAAAUUGAAAAUAAAAGAAAAAACCCUGAUGAUGUGAUAUACGACUUGAACGUGAAUUUAAUGUGUCCCUCUUCUAGUAAGCCACAAAUUAUGAGCAAGGACAAAGGAAUUAUCGAACAUGAUGGUAUUCUGCUGGCCUGGAAGGUAGAUGCUCUAAAGAGCAACCAGAAUUGUCAAAUUGAAAUUUCCAUUCAAUCAAAACCUGAGAGCGUUUUCCCCUUCUCUGUUGAGGCCAAAUCAAACAUACUGGCGCACAAAUUGAACGUCUUGAAGAUCUUUGACGAGGAUACACACGAAGAUAUCGAGUAUGAAAUUAAGAAGAAUAUUACUUACCUCUUCACCAUCAACAAGUAG